AGUUCUAACCGAUCAGUGUUUUUGUCAAAGAAAGGUUGCUGCCUGACAUUUCACAUCCAAGGGAAGCAAAGAGUGCCAGGGGAGAGCAACAAGAGUAUAGCAAGAGUAGAUCAACAACCAUGCAGCAGCGGCAGGAAACAAGAAGAAACAUACAAGGAAAGUAAAUCCAGGCUUCCAUCCGAAUUUCAUCACACCGAGCAACAAGAUCACCGUUUAAGCAUCAUCAGCUCAGAGAUGGCUGAGAUGGUCAGUUCUGCCAUUGUUGGGGAGGCAGUCAGCCGAAUCUUUUCUAGUAUUACCAGGAGGUGGCCUAGAGAGGCUGGAGAUGGCACGCAUCAAGAUGGAGGCCGCACUCGAGACAUCCAACAAGUGGCAGAUCAGGGACACGUCGCUGCUCCAUUGGCGGAAGAAACUGAAGCGUGCUGCUCAGGACUGUGAUGACGCCGCGCGCAGAUGCAAGCAACAUUCUCAGGAGGAAGACGAGAGAGAACAGAUCAUAUGACGAUCCUCGUUUCCUAGACGUAUUGCACAUACAACGAAGGCAUUCAUCUCCUCUUUCGUCGGCCGCAACAAUGAUCAUUGCUUAGACAACAUCGCCGCUGUCCGGAGAUUUGAAAGGUUCGCGGAUGGUGCUACCGAGUUUAUGAGAUUUGUGCAGCUCAGCGGAACGCCACGACAACACUUGUUCUUCAACCCUCUCAUCAGGCAUAUCGUUGCAGGAAAGUUCGUAGGAUAUAUGGCGUUGCGUCCAGGAGGCCGAUAUCACUUCUUCACCAUAUGGCCAAUAGCUUUCGAGGAGCGUGGGCUGGAGGCCAUGCUUUCUUUCUUAUACGAAGAUUGCAAUGUGCCCAAGAAUAGUUUUACCCUCAGGUUCAUGAUGCAUAUCUCAGAGAGCACAAACAUAAUCGGAACUACAAUCAAUUGCUUGCGACUAGUGACGCCUCAUUUCAAGUCCACGGCCGACGUCGUCAUUAAAGAGAUCAUGCAGCUCCCUACACAAGAUUUCUCCUGUUUCCCGCUUGAGGUUGUGAAUGUCAACGCGGAACAUUACUGGACCGAGAUGAACACAACUUUCGCUGGAUGGUUCUGCCCUGAUCCACUAUGUUGCCAAGGAUACGAGAACAACGUCUUGUCCUGCUGUCGCGGCGGCAAAAGCAGCAGCGGAAACAAAUUGAGGCUUUCAAGUAUAUUUCCAGAACCAGUAUCUCAAGUGUUUUUACAGUGCUACAUCUCACCAUUCGAGUACGGUAACCUACAUGGGUCAGCCGCUAGAUAUGACUCGUCUUCUUUGGAGAAUUACCCGCUUCUGAAGCUGGACAUUUUGCUCAUGCCUCAUGACUCUCUCGAGGAACCCAAGUCAACAGGCGAUGGCUUUGUGAUAGAGGCGAUCAAUGGAGAGAUGCAACACCUCACACAUUUAAAUGUUCACCCGAAUCAGCUCGACGAGAUGUUGCUGCCCAAGGCAACAGAUUAUCUCUAUCAUAACACGGCGGCUACGACGUACGAGAUAAGUUGGAGAUCUAACCAUGGCAGUGCACACCUAUGCGUGGACAAGACGAGCGCGAGAAUAAUCUCAGGAGCACCCACGGCCUCCACAGGACAGGGUAGGAACAAGAAUAGCAAGGUGCUUCUUGAGAUGCUGCAGGAGAUAAUGAAAAAUACGCUGGCAAGAGAAUGCUUAAAACUUUGGGUCAUUCGUUCCUCCGAGAAACUGCAGAGCAUGUUUACGGCAUGGCUCAAACAAUGAGGAUAUAAGUACUGGUUUAUGUCUUAAUUUCACGGGGAUCUCGUAGUGUUCCUUCAGAGUCUGUUUGAAAUUAAUGUGUGCUAAGGCGAGCAGGGCAUUUUGUUGUGGUGUACUUGUACCUCUUGUAUGUAUAAUGGUAGUAUUGUAUUGUACUCGUA